AUGGGUAAUAAACAUGGUGGUGGCAAAUCAUUUUCAUCAACAGAAUUAACUCCAGCAUAUAUUGCUAUACUCAAAGGAAAUACUAAAUUUAGUGAAAGUGAAAUACGGCAAUGGUACGUUAGAUUUCGUCAUGAUUGUCCUACUGGUAAACUUAACAGAAAAAAAUUUGUCGCCAUUUACAAACAACUCUAUCCACACGGAAAACCAGACAACUUUUGCAAAUAUGCUUUUGAUACAUUUGAUACUAAUGAUGAUGGUUUUAUUGACUUUCAAGAAUUUCUUAUAGCUAUUAGAUCUACAAAUCAAGGCAAUCUUGAUGAUCAUCUAGCUUUUUUCUUUGAUAUGUAUGACACUUCGGGUGAUGGACAAAUUGAUGAGAAAGAACUGACAAAAUUAAUUACAGCCAUGUAUGAUCUUCUUGGCGAAGUUGAUCGAGACUAUGACAAAGAUCCAAGAAAACGUGCUGCAGAUAUUAUCGCAAAAAUUGAUGCUGAUCGUAACAAGAAAAUAAGUAAACAAGAAUUCAUUGAUGGAUGCAAGAACUACCCUUUUAUUCGUUGGAUCCUUGCCCCUAAUGCUUAA